CAGUUGGUGAUGAUGGAUGUACAUGGACUACAACAGUCACCGUAACUAAAGGUGUUGUUGCCAAGUAUCGCUACUUCAAAGGCUUCUUUCUGGAGUCUAAGCUCAUCAGCAGAAAGAGGAUAAACAAGUGUUAGACUGUUUUGAAUCUCAAAGUUACCACGAACUUGAGCUAUGACUUUCUCUGAUUAUGUGUCACUGUCUAAGCUUGGAUCAUUCACCAAGUCUGUGGAUUACCGUCACUGCAUCUGUAUUUCUGCCUUCAGAAACAGCUUGAGGUCGGUGCUGUGGGAUAUAUUUAAGUCCAGGAAAACUACUCAGCUGGCUUGUUCUUAUCUGGCACGUGAGGCUUUACUGGGCCUCUGCUGAGUCACCUGUCUGUAUGCAAACAUACACACUAACGAACAUACCAGGAAUCGGAUUUGCUUGAAAAAGAGAGAAAACGUGGGAGAGAUUUUCCUAAAAUCAAGUACAAGGUGUCAGAGUGCAAAAGUUUCUGGUGACUUUGUGCAGCCUGAGUUUGGGCGUGUUGUUGGUUUCCUUUUUUUUUUUUUUCAAAGGGUGGAACCUGCUUUGUGUGAGACUGUAUGUUUUGACUUGGUUUCCUCACGUGUCUGUACUGUUGCUGUGAAAUGCCUUAUUGUGUGGUUUGACCUAAAAAUCCAUGCAAAGUGUAACUUAACAAAGUCUUACUUUUGUGAUGAUUUGUGCAUUUUCUGAACCAUACUAGGAAGUUACUAAGAACUGUAGCUGCAAUAUAAACAGGGUUUGAACUCACUGACAUCUUUCACAGUUGCAGACUUGGCUGAAGCUGGCUGCUAUGAUGUGAUUUCAAAACAAAUAUCUGAAAUACGCUGCUGUAUGCUAUGGUUAAUUACAUUAGUAUUACACACGUAAAAAGAAGCAGCUUCAUAUGUAACUACAAAAUGUUUCCAAGUUCUAUUUUUCUUCACUAACAAAUCCACUUUUCAGAUUUCAACCCAUGGUGGCUGACUGCCCUAGCUGGGGGAUUGGUGACUAUACCAGAUCUCAUUCCUUUCUCACACUCUGGUCCAGAGACAGGCUUUGAGGCCACACUGAGAAGAAGUAGUUCACUGUAUCUGAUCUGAAAACCCUAACGUUGUACCCAACAUUGGAAUUGCAGAGUGCAGGUGGCCCCUGUCAAGUGAUAGUCAAUAUGUGGGAGACCCAUCAUCAGCCUCGCACGAUGAGCCCCACAGGUAUAGAACAACAAAAUAAAGGUGCACGGUUUGGUUGGGUUUGGUAAAGUGUGUAAUACUCAAACCCCCCCAUAGAUCUCCCAUCUUCUGCAGUCCUACAAUUAACAGCUGUCCACUGACAGUAAUGUAGAGGCCAUUCUAGCUUAUCCCACUUAAAAAAAGUUUUUGUUUUUGGGUUGGGGCUGCACAAUAUAUUGUUUCAGCAUUUGCAGUGUGAUGAUUGCGUUGCUUGAUACAAAAAGAGAACUUACACGGUUCACAUUUUCCAGAACAAAUCUAUAAGAGAAGUCUGAUAGAAGAUCAUUCACUCCAAUUUGAGGCUUCUUGGAGCACUUUGUUUUGUGUGUUGUUUUUUUUAACUUUAUUUACAAACACCGACAUAGAGUUUGUUGACAUGCAGGCUCCACAUGUGGUGGGCAAAAUGAGCAAUAGACACUGAAAAAGAUUUGGUUGCAAAGAAAAACACUUAUGACCAUUUAAAUCAACACUACGAAGCUCUGUAUGAGGCUUGCAGAGCCAGAUCUGAAUGCCAACCAAUGCAAAAUACUAUUCUAUAUGCUUUUGCAAGUGUUACACCAUAUAAGAUAUGAUCUAAAUGUUUUUAUUUUAAAUGGAGAUUAACUCCUUUACAAAAUCCCAAUCAUGCUAGAAUGAUUAAUUCCUUCCAAAUUGGAGUUAUUCAAGUCAUCUGAACAUUUCUGUACCUUUUCAUAUCAUAAUAUAUACAUACACUGCAGAAAAACAAAACAUCUGAAUGUCAGUUUUCCCCCCAAUAUCAUGCAGCCCUAUUUUGGGUUUAUAAGUGAAUGAAUGUUCCAGGACUGCAGUGUUUUCUCCCACACAACACUGUAAUUUACUGGUAGCCUCUGGAGCUUCUUGCUUAUUUGGCACUGUGUGUACACUUUAAAAAAACAGAUUAGUGGAGAGCACAUGUUCGAAUAAUCAAUAGCCACAGAGGAAACACUGCAGUGCAGCACAUGUCAUGACCUGUCAUUGUAGAUCUCUCUGGUGAACAUGCCAUUGUGUUGUCAAACAAAGCUCACUCAGUGCAAGCUUGAUAGGGAGAAUAGUUGCAGCUGCUUAGUGUCCUCUUUUUUUUUUUUUUUAAAUUAUUAUUUUUUUUUAAUCACGUCAUAUUACCCUACCCCUUUUUUUGUUUUAGUAAAUCCUACUAACAUGCUUUUCCUACUAAAAUAAGAAUUUGCUGUAAAUAUAAGAUGUUUACAUUUUUGUUAAAUGCAGCAGUGCUUUGUUUAAAUUCUUACUGGUUUCAUAAACAACCUGCUAAGUUAACCGUAAUGCCAUACUAAGUGUUCUGGUUACAGAUGUCUUGUAGGCAUCCUUCUAUCCCAUUUUUAAUGCUUUUUUCCUUUAUUACAGCACCACACCAGAAUAUUGAUGAUGGACAAUUUGGCGUUCACAAUGGGGUGAAUUGUGUUGACUCUGGGUGGCUGACAUGCCAGACAGAAAUUCGCCUGCGUCUGCACUAUUCUAAGAUGUCUCCGGUGUCCAUCACGAAGAAGAAAUUCAAGAAGUCUCGCUUCAGGAUCAAGCUGACAUUAGAGGGCGUAGAGGAAGAGGAUGAUGAGGAGGAGGAUCUCAGUCCAUCAACUUGCCACAAAAUGACCCCCACUCUGGAGAUCAGUCUGAUCAAUGCCAACGGCUAUAAGUCACGUCACUCACAGCCUGAGUGUGGCUACGCUCUGGAGCCGUCCCAGUGGACUGAGUACAGCAUCCACACCAUGGACCCUGACAACCUGGAGCUCACCUUUGAGUUCUUUGAGGAGGAUCUGAGUGAGCAUGUAGUCCAGGGUGAUAUCCACCCAGGACAUGUGGGCACUGCCUGCCUCCUCUCCUCUUCAUUUUUGGAGAGUGGCAAAGACAUUGGAGUAGUUACACUUCCCAUAAUGGGACGAAACUCCAGACAGACCAUCGGUAAAGUAAGAGUGGAUUACCUGGUAAUUCGACCCAUCCAGGGGAUGCAGUGUAACAUGAGCUCGUCGUUCACCAAAUACUGGAAGAAAAGAAGCACUCUGAGUGUGGGUCACCGUGGAGCUGGCAGCACCCAUGCAGCCAAGCAUCACAGAGUCAGAGAGAACACAAUAGCCUCCUUCAAAAGUGCUGCUAAACAUGGUGCAGCCUUUGUGGAGUUUGACGUUCACCUCUCCAAGGACGCUGUUCCUAUAGUUUACCAUGAUCUGACCUGCUGCAUAUCUACCAAGAAGAAAAAUGAUAAGAAUGUGGAGCUUAUUGAAGUGCCAGUGAAAGACCUGACUUUUGACCAGCUACAGCUUUUGAAGUUGGCUCAUGUGACUGCCAUGAAAGGAAGUGAUCACAAAGAUCUGCUGGACGAUGAAGAUGAAAUCGAUGAGCAUCAGCCGUUUCCCUCUCUCUCACAGAUAUUUCAAGCUAUUCCUGAACAUGUUGGCUUCAACAUUGAGCUCAAAUGGAUCUCCCAGAUGAAGGAUGGAUCAUGGGACGGAAACUUGUCAAGCUACUUCAACAUGAACACCUUCCUCGACAUUGUUCUGUCCUGCGUUCUGCAGAAAGGUGGAAAAAGACGGAUUGUGUUCUCCUGUUUUGACCCAGAUGUCUGCACCAUGGUGCGUCAUAAGCAGAACAAGUACCCCAUCCUCUUCCUGACUCAGGGAAUUUCAGACAAGUAUCCGGAGCUGAUGGACAUCCGCUGUCAGACAACUCAGAUCGCCAUCAGUUUCGCUCAGAGUGAAAAUAUUCUGGGAAUCAGUGCCCACACCGAGGAGCUGUUAAAGCACCUGAACUACAUCGGGGACGCCCAGGCUAAAGGUCUGGUGGUGUUCUGCUGGGGAGAUGACAACAAUGAUCACGAGACCAGGAGGAAGCUGAGGCAGCAAGGAAUAGACGGGCUCAUCUAUGAUAGUAUCUGUGACGAACAAGGAGAGCAGCCAAACAUCUUCCAGGUAGAGGAGCAACACUCCCUACAGGAGGUCAUUACAGAGGAGACCCUGAAGAGCUCCACCUGUUCCUGCUACUCCAUUCCCUGCGCCACGGCACCCUGCACAGCCUCCAAACCAUGUGUUGGAAGCGUGGAGUCUGAUUCUGGCCUCAGCUCCUCCUAAACAUCUCUGAGCCAUUCAACACACCUUAUUGUACACUAUCACUCAAGAGGACCACGGUGGGAACGCGGGUUUAAACUCAAAAAACAUUUAUCGGGUCUUUCCUCCUUCACAAAUAGUCACAGGAUUAAAAAGCACUUAUACCAUCUCCACUCCACUCGGCUGCAGAUUUUGUCUUGUGUCGUCAGCAGUUUUACUAUGUGUGCUUUCUAUUGAAAUGUUGAUGUUCAGCCAAAAUCUGACUUUUUUUUUUUUUUUUCUGACAGACUACAGAUUGUUUAGGGACCAGAACAGUCUGAUAUUUAUCAGGAAACAACAUCAAAUUAGGAAGUUAAAAACUUCACAGUUGAUAUUUAUUGAGCCAAUAUGUCACAUUUCCUCAUAGUGUAAGUGCUAAAAAUGUCAUGCUUGUGAUAUUUUACGGGUGAUGAAUUAUGACGAUGCAGGGCUAUGCUUGUUUUUUUUCCAGUUUCUGCUGUUAUGUUUGAUUCAGUGCAUGUAGCCAUUACCUGAAGCGUUAUUUUCAUGGUCUCAAAUAACAAUGAGUAAUAAUUUGGCCGGGUUUCCUACCAAUCAAAAUCAGCUGCAUUUGGAUGAGGGUGCAGGUUGCUAUUAAGUGCAUUUUUAUAUAACCUGUAUGACUGUUUUAGUUGCUCCCAUUUUUCAUGCCUUUAAACUCCUGCUUUUUGACUUCAUGAUUAAUAAGAGGUGCAAUCAAAAGGUUCGGUGACUGUGUUUAUAAUAAUGAAAAAAAAAAAAUAACCACACUCUGCAAACAGAUCAACCACAUGCCAUCGUGGUACAGUUCAGGUUAACGCCGAAUGUCUUUCCUCAGACGCCUCAGGACUUUAAAGUGGAGUUCGGUAUGAUUCAUGGUGCGCAAGUAUGCGGAAAGAAAUGAAAAAAUUUGCAUGCUCCUUGUGUUUUUCAUUGCAAAGACUAGUGUUUUUAUCACAAAAAUACAUGUAAAACCAAUCCCGAUGUAAUGCAACAUGUUCCGGACACACAGAAGCUCCUGUUAGCAUUAUUACACAUUCUCACAGUCUCUGAACUUUUUGAUUGCUCCUUGCUGCUAUUAGUGUAAAUUGCGCUCUGCAUACUGUAUAUACUGUAGCCUUAACUUCAAGAAAGCAGAAUGUUUUAUUAGCGGACACACUUACCACAGCCUUAAUUGGGAAUACAAUCACAUUUUUCUGUUUCUGGCCUUUAGCUUCAGCAUCACUGAUACCUCACUCAUAAUCUAUCACAAUAGAGCUAAGCUCAGAUGUGUGUACUUCUAUACUACCUUGACAAUACUCUGUACUGCGCGACAGAUUAUUUUUCUGUCCCCAGAUACGCUUGAAUCCAUUUACAGGAUGCUGAAUGUAAAUAGCUGUCUCCUCGCACAAUCUGUCAACUACAGACUAAUGAUUAAUGCAUGCAUGGUCUGUAUAUCUGUAUGAUAGAACAAGGAAGAAUGACUGAACUUAGUGUGGAAUAUCAACUGCCACUUGUAAUGUAAAUAAAACUAAAACUUA